AUGCGAGGCAAUGUGCCACGAAGCAACUUUCCACAUCCGAAUCCCGACCGUGCCGACGGAAUUGCCACAGACUCUUCAAGUCGUCACUAUACGACACAUUCCCACCAUACAUGUACAGCAUCUCGAACUUCACGGCGUAGGGCUCGCUCGCCUUCCAAAGAGCAACUUCAACGCCGCUACGAGGCCUUGAUUGCAGCUCGCAUCGACGUCUCCGAUUACCGUGAGCAGGCCCAGUUGGAACACGAAGAACUGUGCCACGAGCUUGUGGAGAUAUCGCAAUCGCAGGGGGACAUUUUGGACGAAGAAGGCAACGCGGCGCAGUCUCAUGACCCUAAGCGUUUGUUCGACUUGCAAAGAAGUGCGAAGAGAUCUCUUGACACUUACAAUGCUCGCCUGGCCAACAUUCGUCAGCUCCAGCGACACUUGGCUAAAUUAGAACAGACCUUGGCAGAACGCGAUGCUGAUUUUGUCGUUGCUGCGGAGUACUUCGCGAUCUCAAGACCUGUCCGGACGCCUGUAGAGCACAGCCUGACCUCCGCCGAGGUCUUGCACUCAUUAAAAGCCGAUGUGGAAAUCCUUCAAGAGCGACUCGUGGAGCUGGACUACGCCCGUCAUGAGGAUGAGAUUUAUCGCAACUUACUGCUUGACCGGGAUGAAGUACUGUCUGUCGCAGAUGACGACUUCUACAAAGCGUAUUCGACAAAGCGUGAGGUCAUGCAACGAGACCUUGAGCAGGCAGAACGCGCCGUCAUCGAGCAUGAACGAACCGUCGGCACGCAACGGGGACCAGAUCAAUUCCGACACAUCAUUCCAUCUCAAGCACAGAGCAGCUGGUCUGGACAAGGUGGCCAGCAUCUGGAUGCUACCAUUGCUGAAUCUGACUUUGGGCAGCCAGAAUCGACGAAAUCUUGGCCCACGAACUCCUACAUCUUACCCGGAGAUGCAGUAAAACGUUCGUUAAGGCAGUCAAAGGCCCCGAGCUCAGGAAGUCAGGACCGCGUCUAUGACUGGAUCGAUACUGUCAGGGCAUCCCGGGAUGGUCUCGCAGUAACGCGACGGAAUUCCCUCAACGAUCUUCUAACGCUGGACGACCCCAACCGAUCUGGAGCAUUCCAUCUUGUCCAUCAAGUGUCGGUCAAACGACGUCGAUCGUUCUAG